AUGGAUCUGAAGCCUCUUCCUUUUGCACUGGAUGCCCUUGAGCCACAUAUGAGCAAAGAGACGUUAGAGUAUCAUUGGGGAAAGCACCACAGAUCUUACGUGAACAACCUAAACAAGCAAAUAGAAGGAACUGAACUAAAUAAAAUGACAUUAGAAAGCAUAAUUUUGACUUCAUACAACAAAGGUGAUAUUCUUCCGACCUUCAACAAUGCUGCACAGAUAUGGAACCAUGAGUUUUUCUGGGAGUCUAUGAAACCUAAUGGAGGUGGAAAGCCAUCUGGAGAACUUUUGGAACUGAUAAAAAGAGAUUUUGGUUCGUUUGAAGGCGUAAUCAGUGAGUUGAAAUCAGCUGCCACGACUCAGUUCGGUUCUGGUUGGGCUUGGCUUGUAUACAAAGAGGAUGAGAAGAAACUUGCUGUCGUGAAUAGCCCAAAUGCAAUUAAUCCUCUUGUUUUGGACUACCAUCCUCUUCUCACCAUUGAUGUUUGGGAGCAUGCAUACUACCUCGACUUUCAGAACCGCAGGCCUGAUUAUGUAUCGGUGUUCUUGGAUAAGCUUGUGUCUUGGGAAGCAGUGAGUUUGAGGCUUGAAGCAGCAAAGAUUUUAAUGGCAGGGAAGAAAAAAGGAGAUGAAAGCAAUUGAAGUGGAUGUUAUUGAGCAAAUGGAGCUUUUGAACAAUAAAUGAUUGUAACCAUAUUUGUAUCUGUAUGGUUAUUUAACUUUUGUUAAAGUUGAAUUAUGGUAUGAUAUCAUAUUUAUCGAGGAUUACAACUUACAUGUUUGAAAAAGUUAUUGAACAAUUCAAAUCGAAGUCACACAAUAUGGAAGCGAUAAAAGCUAGAUAUUUUCAAGAAAACAAAUAAAGAGAACCCAAAACAGGAGAAACUUUUUAUUAUAAUAUUUCGAUC